UGUAACCCUGUGUGUGUGCCUCGCCCUCUUGGGCCGUGUGUGCCAUGCUGCAAGCGCUGGGUGACUUCGAGCGCCUAAAUGAUGGCGACUUUGGGGACUUUUCGGACGGCGGGUCUGCGCAGGAAGCGGAAGAUCCGGAAGAGGGGUUUAGCAACCUGGUGGAUGAUGCCAAUGCCAUCCUUCUGGAGGACACGGCGCGCAACGAGCGCCAGGCCAAGCGCAACCUGCGGAUCCGUGGGCUGCUGAAGACCUGGCGCGACAGCGCCGAGACGGCGCCCAAGCCGACGAAGAUGGAUGAGUUGGCCAAGGUUGCACAGGAAAAGGCGCCCGAGUCGGAGCAUCCUCCAUGGCUUGUUCUCAGAGAAGCGCCCAGCGAGGCCACGUUGCGCUUGCACGAAGAGUUGAUUGACUUCACAGAAUUUAUGCGACCCACGAUGAUUGAGGCCGCUAUGCGCGAUGCCUGGGUGCAUUCCAUCGAAGAUGCGGCCAAGUCUUUGUGGCCUCAGGUGCAGGUUCACAUCUUCGGAUCCACAGCAACGGCCCUGAAUCUGCCAACAGCAGAUAUUGACAUUGCCAUUGUGAACCUCACAGGGCUACGGGUAACGACGGCCAUGAAGCAAUUGGCCGAGCGAUUGUUGGAGCGGCAAGAACUGAGCAAGGUCGAAGUGAUCCAAUCUGCGAAGGUGCCGGUGAUGAAGGUGCAGCAACGCUCCACUGGACUGAUGGCCGACAUCGUGAUGAACAAAACCGAUGGUAUGGAGACAGCUGCGUUCAUCCGAGAGCAGAUCAGAAUUUUUCCACCUCUUGCACCUUUGGUCUUGUUCCUCAAGCUCUUCCUGGCGCAGCGAAACCUUCAUGAGACGUACAUGGGUGGCCUUGGAUCUUAUUUGCUGGUUUGCGUGGUCUUAUCAUUUCUGCAGCUCCAUCCUUCUGCCCAAUUCGCACGCGCUCAUUCUGUUUCAACUUUGGGGAAGCUGCUGCUGGACUUCUUCCGCUACUAUGGGCAGGAGUUCCGCUAUGGCAGCAUGGGCAUCUCGGUCUUGGACGGCGGCAGCCUCUUUGACCGAGAGAAACGGGGCUUCACCACACGGACGAGAUCUGGUCAAGCAACACUAUGCCUGGAAUCGCCGGCAGAUCCCAGCCUGGACAUUGGCUCCCGUGUCUUCAAGAUUGGCAUUAUUCGAGCGGCCUUCAACCAUGGCUACCACGUUCUCUCCACGUUGUUUCUCUCCAAGGAGCCCAUCCCCGGGUCCUUGUUGUGCCCGUACCUUCUGCGACGGGAGCAUCCCGUGAUUAGUCAGCGCUUCAGACUCUUCAAUGAGCAACCAGCCCCAUUCCUGGAGUUGGUUGGCCGCCCUGAGAGCGAUGACGAGAGGCAACCGCAGGAGCCCAUCACCAAGAAGCGGCGACGUGACGAACACAUGGCGCCACUGACGCUGAACGUGGCUUUGGACCCCGAACCAAAGGAGGUACAGGUGGAGGCCACCAAAGAAGUUGCGCCCCCAGAAGUGGUUGAACCGGAGAUGCCGGAGGAAAACGAACCGCUUGGAAUCGUGGAGGAGAUUGGAGAUGCUUUAGAAUUCCUGGCCGCUGCGGAGAGCGGCGGCGUUGAUGAGGACGCUGAAGAUGUUGCCGCAGACGAUGGCUAUGGCAUUGACGAGGCAGCCCUGGAGGCCGAGAUUGAGGAAGGGCUACUGGACCUGGACCCGGAGAUGUUGGCAGAGGAGCAGCGCAGGCUUCAGGAGCAGAUUCGGAAGUUGGAGGAGGCCACAGAGUGGGAUGACCUCUGAGGCCCUACCAACAAUGAGCCGAUUGAUGCACCAGGCCGCUCCACCAUGGAUACCAUGGAGCCACUGCAGCUUCGGCUACUGUUGGCAAAGCUCCGACAUGCUCUUGAGGGAUCCAGGGCUUUUCACAAGAAAGUUUGAAGGCCUUCCAGUGCAUCUCAUGAGCCAAAA